CCCGAGCUGGUGAGCCUGUUCAUCGCCCAUGAGGCCGACCGUGUGGCCCCCUCAACGUUGUCAGGCACCAUUAGCGCCCUUGCGGACUGGCAGCGCGCGAAGGGUUUUCCGGCGGAGGCCUCCAUCCGCCGGAACCCAUUGGUGCAACGCACGCUGAGGCAGGCGUGGCGUGCCCGGGCGCCGGCGGCAGCCGCCACAGCUGGCGGCGAUGCAGGGGCCGAGCCGCUGCCGCAACGUACGAAGGAGGCGUUCCCGGUGCCGCUUCUGCGGCUCCUAUUGGGCUGGCUGGCAGCGACGGCGGACGGGGCGCCAGCGCGCCGAGCGGAGCUCGAGCAGGAUGCGUGUUGGCUGGUGGUGGGUUUCUUUGGGAUGCUGCGGAGAAGUGAGCUGGCGGGGCUGCGGCUAGGUGACGUGCAUUCGCUGACUGGUGGGGUUCACGUGGUGCGGAUAACGAGGAGCAAGACCGAUCAGGUUGGGGCAGGGGUGGAUGUGCACCUGGGGGCAUCGUCUGGCAGCGGAGUACGCAUCGGGCGCAUUAUAGGGCGCCACCUAGAGCGGGCCCGCUCUGGGGGGGCGGAGCCCAGCGCGCCGCUCUUCACGCGGGGCCCCCAGUGGGGACCGGGGUCGGAGGCUUGGCGGAAGGAGGGGUUUACGCGUAGGCUUAGGGCGCUCUUAGGAGAGAUGCAGCGCGCCCUGCCACAAAUAGCCGGGCGGGUACCAGAUUACGCGUCCCACAGCCUGAGAAGGGGGGGAGCCACGGCUGCAGCGGAAGGGGGGGCCUCUGGAGAGCAGAUCAAGGCGCACGGGAGGUGGCGGUCGGAGGCGGUGAGCGCGUAUAUCCUCCCCUCCGCGGCGGCUAAGGCCCGCAUUGUGGGGUGCAUGUGAGGUGACGAGGCGUGCGGUGGGUGACAGGGUAAGGGGGGUCCUCUCUAGGCGUGCAUGCAUGCGGAAGCGCGCCUAGAGCCUAGUACGCCGGGGCGGGUUUUGGGGGCUAGAGCCCAUCCGCGCCCGGCUGUUGGUUUUCCCCCUCUCCUGUUGUUCCCCGGAGAGGGUAGGGUGAGGUAUCGGCUAGGUAGCAAACUUGGUUAGUUACAGAGUUGGGUCUCUUAGACGCUGUUCGGAGUCUGGGCCCGCAGGCCAGGUCCCAGGCGGUGUAAGUUGAUGAGGGGUGCGACUCCUCUGGCACUGGAGUGUGUGCGACAAAAGUAUCAUUUUGAGUGUCAACUAAAAAUGGGGUUUUGGAGCGCAUGUACGACAGGGAGCAGAGCAGUCGCCACCAGGCUUGCGAGUGGACGGUGCUAGACGUUU